ACUUUGAUGUUUAUCGCUAUUCGGUAAAGGAGGAAUGAAUUUCCCAAAGUUUAAAAACAGACUGUCAUUUGUUUAUAGAAGCAGUGUUUUCUUAUUUUGCAUCUUUCUCUUCCCUUUUCUUCUGCUCCUUCCCUUUCUCUUUUAGUAAAAGAUGUGGAUGCAUCUUUCUCCCUCUCGGCCACUGGCAAAAUAGCUCGUGUGGAUUAGCACCCUACCGGGAGGUUUUUUUUAAAACGUUUCAGAAUUUGUUGCUUAGGACGCCUUAUUAUCAGUCCAUCUUAGUGUUGCAAACUGAGAUUGUGACCUUUAAGGACAUCUUCUAGAACAGGGAUAGAGAACACACUGCUUAUUUAAGAUGAAAGGGAAGUCAUUUCUAGCUGGCGAGGAAAACGGCGGUCUGUAUUGGUAAAAUUGUGUGCUUUGAGUCUCUUUGUCGUUGCACAUUUUAAGACUUCAGUAAGGGGCUUUUGGGUUAUUACUGAUCCUAGGCUUUGAAAGUAUAUUGUAUAUUUCAGUGUUUGGUUAAGGAUCGUUUUAAGAUUUUCCAUGUUGCAUUUUGUUUGUAGAAGAAUUUGAAACUGAAAUAGAAACUUUUAAAAUACCGUUUUAUUGAACGCCUUAACUUGUAUAUAUAGAUUUAUAAAAUUAUAAAAUUGGUUAAUAGGGCUUGUGAUACAUGUAGGUUCGUCUUUUUGUGAGCCAUGAGCAUUAUUUAGGAGGUCAUUCUGAGUCCUUGGUUUUGGUUAACUUGUAGAAUUCUUCUUUUGUUAUUUUUCCAGCUUUAUUGAGAUAUAAUUGACAUAUAACAUUGUGUCAGUUUAAGGUGUACGACGUGAUGAUUUGCUAUACGUAUAUGUUGCAAAAUGAUUAUCACAAUAAGGUUAGUUAACACAUCCAGCACCUCACAUAAUUACCCCUUUUGUGUGUGUGGUGAGGACAUUUAAGAUCUACUCUCUUAGCAACUUUCAAGUACACGAGACAGUAUUGUUAACCAUUGUCCCCAGGCUGUGCCUUAGAUCCCCAGAACUUCUUCAUCUUAUAAUUGGAAGUUUGCACCAUUUGAUCAACAUCUCCCCAGAAUUGUUUCUUUUAAGUCAUUGGCACUUUAGUAUGUCAGCACAUAUUUUACACUGUAAAAAUAGACUCUGGGACAUUUUGAAAACUGAGAAUUGGAACUAAGUGUUGGACAUUUUUCUGCCCUUACCAAAUACUUCCUGAGGUGGUGUAAUUUCUUUCAGGCAUGUUACUGAAGUGCACUGACUGUGUUUUUAGUUUCUUUACCUUGCUGACUAGUUUAAUCUGCAUUUAUUAUAGGAACUAUUUAUUAAACAUCUGUUCUGGGCCAGGGGUGAUGCCAUACAUUAUUCUAUUUAUAUCUCACAUCAACUCGGCAUAGGAGACGCUUUCCAGUACUACAGUUGCUUUCAUUUGUUAACUUCUGCGAUAAACAAAUUUAAAAGAUGAGUGAACUGGAACAGUUGAGGCAGGAAGCCGAACAACUGCGGAAUCAGAUCCAGGAUGCCAGGAAAGCAUGUAAUGAUGCAACGCUUAUUCAGAUCACAUCAAAUAUGGAUUCCGUGGGUCGAAUACAAAUGCGAACGAGACGUACGCUGAGGGGUCACCUAGCCAAAAUCUACGCUAUGCACUGGGGAUAUGAUUCAAGGCUACUAGUCAGUGCUUCCCAAGAUGGAAAAUUAAUUAUUUGGGAUAGCUAUACAACAAAUAAGAUGCAUGCUAUUCCUUUGCGAUCCUCCUGGGUGAUGACCUGUGCCUAUGCUCCCUCUGGCAAUUACGUUGCUUGCGGAGGGCUGGACAACAUCUGCUCCAUAUAUAACUUAAAAACCAGAGAGGGAAAUGUGAGAGUGAGCCGAGAGUUACCAGGUCACACAGGCUACUUGUCCUGCUGCCGUUUUUUAGAUGACAGCCAAAUUGUUACAAGUUCAGGAGAUACAACUUGUGCUUUAUGGGACAUCGAAACUGCCCAGCAGACCACCAUGUUCACUGGGCAUUCUGGAGAUGUGAUGAGUCUUUCCCUGAGUCCCGACAUGAGGACUUUUGUUUCUGGUGCUUGUGACGCCUCUUCCAAGUUAUGGGAUAUUCGAGAUGGAAUGUGUAGACAGUCUUUCACUGGACACGUGUCGGAUAUUAAUGCUGUCAGUUUUUUCCCAAAUGGCUAUGCCUUUGCCACCGGCUCUGAUGAUGCCACUUGCCGGCUCUUCGACCUUCGUGCAGACCAAGAGUUGUUACUGUAUUCCCAUGACAACAUCAUCUGUGGAAUCACUUCCGUAGCCUUCUCAAAAAGUGGGCGCCUCCUGUUAGCUGGUUAUGACGACUUUAAUUGUAACGUAUGGGACACGCUAAAAGGAGAUCGUGCAGGUGUCCUUGCUGGUCAUGACAACCGUGUCAGCUGCUUGGGUGUAACUGAUGAUGGCAUGGCUGUGGCCACAGGCUCCUGGGACAGUUUUCUUAGAAUCUGGAAUUAACAAUGCACACGAAUUUUCUGUUCUCCGUUGGCAUCUGGAGAAAUCAGUGCUACAGCCUAUAGCUGUGAAAAAAAUUCUACCUUAUAUUUGCAGGUGAAGAUUUUUCUAUUGAGAUUAUUAUAUACAAAAAGCAGCUUUCGGUAAGCUACAAAACAAAAAAAAGGUGGAAAAAACAAGGCAGAGGUGCUUGCUGAGAUCAAAAGGACUGGUGUAUUAAUUUGAGGAGUCGAGCUGAUUUAAACGUGAUGAAUUUUUGCUUGUACUCAGUCUAAUUCUUUAUUUUUUGUGUGUAGAACAGAAUAUACACGUUAUAGCAGCCUAUGUUUGAUUGUUUGCAUUUUUUAAGAACUGCAUUUUUAACUUCGUGUACAUAAGAAAUGUCACAUUUUUGAGUUUUUGAACCAAGCACAGUAAUGGAUGGAAGUGACACCAUAUGCGUGUGUGCUUAUGUCUGAAGAAAGUCUCCUUGAAUUCUGACCUUCCUUUUUAAUCAAAAAGAGAUCCUGGUUGCUUAAUGUUUAAGAAUGCUGACAGCCCUAGGUACCUCGGGGGAGUCCUUUUGACCAUCAUUAGUUUCUGGUACAUCCUUUGCCAUCCUAUCAAUUUAAAUAUGCCAUUUUUCAGUCCUUUGAGGGGGGAGAUAAUCUGAAGGCCAGGGAAUAAAGAUUUCACUCUGAAAUUUUAGACAUACGUAAGAAACUCUUAUUACAUUAAUAAUAGGUAGAUAGCAGUAAUCGCAUAUAAAUCGUUCUCCACAUUUAGAAAGCUGAUUAUGAUCAAAUGACACUUUGAGUAAUCCUCUAAAUAGUUGGAAUUUCCUAUUGAUUUCAUAUUCUAGAACUGAGGUUGUAGAGUGCCCUGGUUAUUUCAGAGAUUGAGAACAUUUGGAUUGUCCUUGCAUCUAGACAAUUUUUCCCAGUGUUCUCCGUCAGUAUUGCAUCUAGAUAGGAAACGUAUGACGGCAUUGUUUAUGAAGCGAGUGUAAAAUCUAACCAGUCACUAGACCCGAUUAGUUACAGUUGUAACAGGGUGGCUUUAUGAAUUUAUGUUCACAUAAUAUGAAAUCGAAAUUGAUGUCAACUAUCUGUGCCUUCAAAAUUUAAAAAAGGAAACAUUCACAAUUUUUGCUUUUCUGUAAUAUUUCUUCCGUUAGCACAAAAUUUUGGUUUCUAAGUGGUUUUGCUUCAAAGAAUGCCUAGAUCCAAGUGAUCCCAUUUGAAAUCCAAAAGAAAAAUUCCAAGAGCCGUUCUUAAAGGAGUCAGAGGAAAGUAGUAAGCAAGUCUUCUGCUUGUCAGAGGGUAUAAUAAUGUGUCUAUUACUAAAGGAAUUUAAACAAAGAUGCUUUCCUCUUGGAUUUUCUCCUACAAAUAAAUCUAAAUGAUUAAUAGAAGGUUGUUAGUCUUGUUUGAUGGUGAAUAGAGAAAUGGAUUGUGUUUGUAUAGUAAACUGUGUCUGUUACCGUUGAGAUAGGUCUCUCUUAACUUUUGAUCACCUGUAACCCUAACCUAAAUGCUCCCAAAUUUUACUUGUAAAUGUUCACUUUUAUAUUGUGGAUGUGCUAAUAAGUGCAUCAACUAACUAUAAUGAAGUCAGUAUCAGUUUUGGUUAAGAUCAGUUGAUAUUAAAAAUAGAGAAUACAAUGGAUAGAGGGAGAUUAAGGUAUAGGACCAAAAAAAGACUGUUGUAGACGGCAGGCAUGAAUGUAUAUUUAUAUACACAUUAUUCUCAGAUUUCUGUGGAUUUUUGAUAUUAACGUUUGUGGACUAUUUAUAUCACUUCAUAAAGAGCAGCUCUUUGAGAUAAGGUGAGAAUAUUUUAAAGAAACACCCUGAUUUCCAACAAAAGGGGGGAGCUGAGGGUUUGCCAUGUAGUUCAGCAAUUCAUUCCAAAAUCCUGUUCAAGAAAGCACUUCAGCCAUGUGCAAAGUAACCUUCUACCUAUCUCUCCUGUACUCUGAAAGUUAUUCUAGUAACAAGAUACUUUAGAGAGGCACACAGACAAGAAUUCUAGUCUUAAACAUGUUGAUAAAAACAAUUUAAAUGUUAUCAAAGUUUUUGUCGAUAGUUUAAAAUCAACUCCCAUAAAUAAAAUGUACCAGGCAACUGAAAACUAACCAAGUGGUUAAUUAUACAUGUGACCAAAUGGUGACCUCAUUACCACAUUACAUACUAGUUAAACCUAUGCCUUCUGGUGAUAUGGGUUCCAGUUGCUAAAUAUAUUUGUUUUCUUGCAGUUUGAGUUCAGCUAAUUGUCUAAUUUUGCUGUGCAUAAGACUUCCUGAAAUCACUAAGAGGAGUAUAUAAUUUGUGGAAGCACUGUAUACUUUGAAUCUUAGUUUUUCAAGACUUAAAAAAUAUGGCCAGAUGUAGUUUUAAGGAUUUUCAUCAUCAAGAAUAUUGGAAUUAUCUGCUGCCUUUUUUUUUUACCUUAUACGUACUAUUUAAACAUAACAUGCCUUGGCAGGUUUAUUUGUAGACUCUUUAAUCGCUUCAUAAAGAGUUUUUUUGAGAUCUGGCAAGAAUACUUUAAAGGCAUAUUCCUUCCUAAAACAAAGUGAUAGUGAUUGCCAUGUGGUUCAGCAAAUCAUCCCAAAACCUGCUCAAGAAGGCACUUCUUGCUGUUGGCAGGGACAUCGCCACUUUGCUGGACAGGCCUCAUUGUGGGCAGCUAUACGAUUAGAGAUUUACAUUACAUAUCUAAGGUCCCUCCCUAGUUCAGAUUUCCAUAGUUGUGAUUCCAUGGCUACAUACACCAUGCUGAGUUCCAUCUUCACAGGGCAAAGCCUCGGGCUUACUAUUGCAGCUGCAGGAGAGCCCAGGAGGCAGCUGUCCUUAUUUUAGUUUAGACUCAGCUGAACUGAUGAAUACUGCAUGACAGUAAACUAGCCCCUUAAACAUAAUGGAGGUAGCUGCUUCUGGAAUGUGUUGAGCAAUUUUAAAGUUAACCUAUUAAAAGUGAAAAGGAAUCUUGACUUCUCCAGGUGACAAAAUGAAAUUUCUCCUGUUGUUAAAAAACUAAGCUUUUCAAAGUGAAAAAGUUCAGGGAAAUUUAUGCUUUGAUUACUGGUGAAUGUCUCACAUUUUAAAUUAUAACACAGUCGAAUACUUGUGGCUUGUUUGUUGACGUGUUUAAACUUAUGGAAACUCAUUAAACAAUCUCCCAAAUGAGCCUAUCAUCAUUUUAAUAAUGAAGAUAUUCUUUCUGUGAUCUUUAGGGUAUGAGUCGGGCUUAAAUUUUUUUUUUUAAAUUUGCUAUUUCAACUUCUGUUUUCCUUUUUGCCUUUGUGGAAAGCAAAAUUUAAAACUAUUUCGUAGCUCUUGUUAGAAUUUUUUAAACAUCCACAAGUUAGACCAUCUUUCUUGUGAGAAACGGUAGCACAAUGAAUACAACUGGUAUUUUUAAAUUAGAUUAAGUAGAAUGUGAAGUCCACUUCAUACUUACUAGUUUUUCUCCCAUUGUUCAUUUUAAGUUGCCUUAAAUUCAGUGCUAUAAUUAAAAAUAUUGGUUACAAUAGGUACUCAUUAAAAUGGUCUAUAGUUGAAUGUCUAAGCUAGCAUUGUUUAAAAAAGUAAUUUAUUAAUCAGAUUGAUGGUACACCUUGUAUUUAGCAAAUUUGCUUGCAUGUUGAUAAAAUUUCCUAAAAGCCUUUUUUCUUAAAUCCAAUUACUGAUCCUAUGAAAGUUAUGAUAAUGCAGCAUCAUGAGAAAACUGGUUAUGUGUUUCAACUGGUGUUAAAUGUGCCCGACAAAAUCUUACAUCAUACAGUAUUUAUGUUUUAAUUAAUAGAACUUCAUUGAUAUAUUGGUAGAUAUUUUAAGCCUUUCUGUCUUUUACACAAUGGUGCUCUAUCCUAUUGUUCUCUCUUUUCAAAGAAGCAUCUGAACACUUGUAUUUGCAUAUUCUUACCCAAAGGCAUCCAUAUCUAAGUGGUUUUUUAAAGUUGAUUAAAAUGCUUUUCUUCACCUAGAACGGUUUCUAUACACUUGUGGCCACUUGACUCUGCAUGUCAGUAGCGUGACUAGGGGAAGGGUGAAUGUACCAGAUUAAAGCUCUUAUAACAGCUUUAAGCCAAACCAACUAUGGACUUGUACCAUGAUGUAAAAGUAUUCUUGGAUCUCUCUUGCACAGUGAUUCAUUCCUUUAUUUGUACAGUAGCUCUGUGAAAUAAUGUUGCUGUGAAUUGAUAUUGUAAUCAAUAAAGUGCUUUUAACCAGA